AAGUUUUGUAGUCAUUUGUCAGCUGUUGCAAGCGCAUAUGGUGUCUGAUUAAAUAAGUUUUUUAGAGAUAUGAGCUCCUACAGUUCUUCAGAAAAAUAGGAGGUAUUUGUAUGUUUUUAUGCACUGUUCUAUUUCAUGUAACACGUAAAACAUCGCAGUAGGGUUGAAUGGAAGUUUACUAUACGCAACGUAAUAUUUACAUCUGCACAGCAGGAAGCAAUGUGAGGAGUGACUCAGCGAUUUCCUUUCCAGACAGCUGUCACAGGGACACAAGUACGGCGGAGUUAUCGAGGGACAACGUCAUCUCAAUGUACUCCAAACCGUAGUGUGAAGCACAUUCUUGCACGACCAGCGUACGGAGAGAGAUCACAGUUACUUGUGGUGUAGAAUUUAAGGUGCGUUCUAGCCGCCUGACUUUCUCCAGCCUGCUAUGUGAAGAGGAAAAUGGUUACAGUAGCAGACACAGUAAAAGUUCAGGCGUUCCGAAGUAGGAGCAGUUGAUGUGUUAUAUUUCCCACGAGGAGACAUGUGAUAUGUGUAAAAUAUGUGACGUGUGGUAGAGAUUUUUAGUGACGGCCACGUUCAGUGUUGUGGCUUUUUUAAUGUGCAGGAAAACUGCGAGGAAAGUGAAAUCCAGACUUAAGAAACAUAUACUAUUCCCUAGGUUUUGAAAUGAUAAAAAGUUGUCCCCACAGUGAAUCAUUAAUUAUGUAAAUAAAUCAGGAUCUGCUAACAUCUGAGAUCAGUAUGUACGCCGCAAAAAACAAUUCCAAGUCUCAGAGUGAAAUCCAGGCGUUAGAAACAAAAAUUAAUUUAUUAGUUUGAAAGUAUAUAACGUUCUGUGUUCACAGUGAACUGUGUAAGUAAACCAUGAUUUAGUAAGACUAGAGAUAAGUAUGUACGGUGCAAAACUCGCCUCAUAGUUCCGGAAGUUGUGACCCAUGUGUCUGUUAUCUUACGUAAAAAGCAGAAGACAAGGGCAGAGUUGCAGGAAACUGUUGACCUUACUAUUGCUAUUGGUGAUUAAGAAGAUGGACGCUGAAGAAGAUUACCUGGGCGUCCCAUCAAUGGACACUGCGGGUGGAUCGAAGGGCCGAUGUUUCACUCCCCUGCCCCAAACUGCCACUAGCUCGGGACCAAUGGAUAAAGCGGGUGAUCUGGGUGAUAUGACGUUCUGUAUGGCGAAUUACGUGAAAGAAGCUAUGCAAAUGAUGCUCAUGAUGCGGAGUCAUCAUAUGUUGACUGACGUUAUUUUGGAAGUUGGAGGAGAACUGUUCCAUGCACAUAAAGUUGUUCUGGCUUCAGCAAGUCCAUACUUUAAGGCAAUGUUCACAGGUGGUCUCAAAGAAUGUGAAAUGUCACGAGUAAAGUUACAAGGUGUUUGUCCCACCGCAAUGGCGAGGAUAUUGCACUUUAUGUACACAGGCCAGAUAAGAGUUACUGAAGUUACAGUGUGCCAGUUGCUACCAGCAGCCACCAUGUUCCAGGUCACUAAUGUCAUUGACGCAUGCUGCGUAUUCCUGGAACGUCAGCUUGACCCCACAAAUGCGAUCGGUAUCGCUAACUUUGCAGAACAACAUGGCUGUAAGGAACUGAACCACAAAGCAACUCAGUUCAUUGAGCAACAUUUUACUCAGAUCUGUCAGGAAGAAGAGUUCUUGCAAUUAUCAGCAAUCCAAUUAGUGGCUCUCAUCAAGAAGGACGAGUUGAACGUUCAAGAGGAACGUGAAGUAUAUAACGCCGUUCUUAAGUGGGUUAAAUAUGAUGAAGAGAAAAGGUACCCAAAAAUGGAACACAUCCUACAAGCAGUGCGAUGUCAGUACCUCACACCAAAUUUUCUUCGAGACCAAAUGAAGAACUGUGAUGUACUCAAGAAAUUGCCUGCAUGUAGAGAAUAUCUGGCUCAGAUAUUUAAGGAUCUGACCCUGCACAAGAAACCAUGUGUGAAGGAACGCACACCUAAUACUCCAAGAGUAAUUUACAUAGCCGGAGGUUAUCUCAGAAACUCACUAGAUCUCCUUGAAGGCUAUAACGCAGAUGAUCGUACAUGGUCACAACUUGCUAAGUUAACUGUACCUAGAUCUGGGCUAGGAGGAGCUUUUCUGAAGGGCAUGUUUUAUGCUGUAGGGGGACGUAACAACUCUCCAGGGAGUAGUUACGAUUCUGACUGGGUUGAUCGGUAUAAUCCAGUAACAGACCAGUGGCGUCCUUGUAGCCCUAUGUCAGUUCCUCGUAACAGGGUGGGCGUGGCUGUGAUGGAUGGUCUCUUAUAUGCUGUUGGUGGAUCGGCAGGCAGUGAGUACCACAGCAGCGUAGAGAGGUAUGACCCAGAAGAAGAUAGGUGGACUAGUGUAAAACCAAUGCAUACGAAACGUCUUGGAGUGGGGGUGGCUGUUGUCAACAGGUUACUCUAUGCAAUUGGUGGCUAUGACGGCACGGAGAGGCUAGGCUCAGGAGAAUGUUAUCACCCAGAAAAUAAUGCCUGGAACAUGAUAACACCCAUGACAACACAGAGAAGUGGAGCAGGUGUGGCAGCACUGAACCAAUAUAUCUAUGUAGUUGGAGGCUAUGAUGGAAACAGGCAGCUAAACACAGUAGAGCGGUAUGAUACAGAGAAAGACAGUUGGGACUCAGUGUCCAGCAUACGCACAGCACGUAGCGCACUCAGUCUGACUGUACUGGAUGGAAAACUUUAUGCUAUGGGAGGUUAUGAUGGGCAGACAUUCCUCAACAUUGUGGAGGUGUAUGACCCAGAGCGCGAUGUCUGGGAAGAGGGUCAGCCACUCACAAGUGGGCGUUCAGGACAUGCCUCUGCAGUGUCUUAUCAUCAGUGUGUGAUUCACUGUGAACAUCAUGACCAUUCAAUGACAAUGGAUACUCCUUCACUGAGGGGAAGAUCCAGACCAGGCAGUGAAAGAAUGAAAACAUGAUGACAGCAAAAGUUUACCCACUAUUAGUGCUUGUGAAACAGUGAAUCAAGGUGUAUAAGGAGAAGACUGAAGAGUCCAUUUGUGACAAAAAAUAUUUACUUUAUUUAAAAACUGUUUUAUUUUGUAUCAAAAUUAUGUGCGUUAAUGUGACCGGUGAGCGCCCCAGAUGUAGGGAUUUGCAUUCCUAACUCCAAUGCAGUAAAAGUCAUUCUUGUUACAUUAGUUUACUGCAACAUUUAAAUAUUUGUUGCCUUAUAAUGUAUUUAUUAUUCUGAAUUUCCUUAGUAAAGCAGAAAACAUGUCAUAUA